AGCCUGCAAGUUUUUGGUCUGACACAGAAAGAUAUUCAUUGUCGCUGUCGUACUCAAUAUUUGCAACAUGGAGCUACCUCAGACCACAAGGAAGUAUAGCGAGGAAGAGAAGAGUCAGCUCAUUGCAAAUCUAGACAUUGAAGUGGAACACAAGCUCCGCCAAUUCGAAUCAUGGCUAGAGGAUACUCUAGAGCAAUUUCGAAUACAUCAGGAAGGACAGAUAUUACGUGUCCCAAAACUUGUACGAGGAAUCACAAUGGGAGUGUUUACAGACAAAUACAAUGGCGAUGUCCAAGAGUGUCUUCGCGGUCUGCAGAAGGAGAAAAUGGGCUCUGAAGCAAUUGAGAUUGAUCAAACUACGAGGAAAAGGAAAUGGGUUGCAUCGCAGGAGGAAGCAGAAAGUUCAGCGAACGGAGCUGCUCACGAGGCAGAACGUGCUUUGAAAAACGCACGGAUGACGGUCGCAACUCCAAAGAAGAAACCAGGCUCGUCAAUGGGCCCAGGUACUGCUCAGCGUGCGCGUCUACUAUCCGCCAACAAAACGCCGGGGACGAGCCGUACUUUUGGCCGGAUACCUCCCGUUCCACCCUCUCCUAGUCCGAAUAAAUUUGCGACCAAACCUUCCAGCCUAUUAUCUCGAUUACCUGCUCGCUUACCUUCACCCUCUAAAGCAUCUCAACCACGAAAUGUUCGUCCACCUUCCAGCUCUACAUUUAACCCUGUAUUACCCAAAGGUCCUGUGUUCCCUUCCGUUCGUGUACCAAGGCGGGACGAGAGUAUGUUGAGUUUGAAUGGGUCACCGCUUGCAAACCCAUACCAGCUUGGUCUCGGUUGGUUUGCAGGUACCGCAGAGGACAACAUGGAAAGUGAUAAUGCAAAAGUUGACAGAAAGGGAAAGAAACCAGACAGAGGAAGUCCGAAGCCACUACGGAAAACCAAUAGCAUUGUCAUCCGACGGGAUCCAUCGGUGGCAUUCUCCUCGUCCUCGUCGACAGCAAAUGUUCAAAAUGGGCUACAUUCCCGGACUAAUUCGCGAAAUUUCAUCUCAUCUACGCAGCCAUCGGAAAGCAAUUCGCAAGCACAACACCAGUCCCAGCCUCAGGUCGAGGCCACGCCCAAGCGAAUGCCCAUACCACUUGGAUCUUCUUCUUCACAGAGUCAGUUAACUGCCCUCGUGGCGAUCCCGACCAAGGAUGGACAUAUGCUGGAGUUCGAUCCUCUGCAAACAUCACCCGGGGCUCUGGAUGCACUGGAGGGUAUCACCGACAGUGCAAAAAAGCAAGCGAAAGAAGAGAUGGGUCGAUUGGUACAAGCAGCUGUUGCGAAAUGGAAAAUUGCUUGAUAACACAUGAGUUCAUCUGUCUCUUGUUUUCUCAUCUGAACUUUUGCAACCUCACUCGCAUAAGUACUGGACGGGCACCUCAGCUUGUUG